AUGCCAUGCAAUACAUCGACUGUUUCAACUAUUUCCAGAUACACACGCACUUGCCGAGAAAAUCGGCUUAUACAUUUAUUUAGUCGGAGACCCUCAAUAGUACGCGGGCUAGCCAAUUCCCGGUCACCAUUCAGUGCCCUACCCACAACUACUUCGUCAAAGGCCGUUGAGCCAAUUCGAUAUCAUCAAAGGCCUCCAAGGCCUGUCACAAGACUGACCAGUGUGGCACAGCGAAAGACAUGGUGCCGUGUGCGCCGGAGUGCGGAGAAGAGCACGAGUUCCAAUGGAGCAUAG